UCUAUCUAAUAACAGUGACAUCUUGAGGCUGUUGUAAUCCUCCAUGCCUCCUCCCUCCCUCCCCGUGUCCCUGCACAGCAGAAUGCAGCAGAGCUUGAUCUGACUUGUCCUCCCUGCUGCUGGAAGUCUCUGCUCGCUACUCGGAACUUCUUUGGGUGCUGCUCUCACGCUGGGACAUGGCUGUGUCUGUUUCUCUCCAGUGUCUGGGGCUCAUCAUGCUCGCAGCGAUCCUCCUGCAGACCAUCGCGGUCGCCGUCAGUUUUCUGUACUUCAACAAAGUCCUGAACACGAUGCAGGAGAGUUUCUCCCGCAGCAGCGUGUCCUGUCUAAUUAACGCAAAUCAGCGCUCUGAGAUCGAAGACUCAGCGGAGGACAAGAAGAGCGACCCCUGCUGGCAAGUCACGCAACAGCUCCACUACCACAUAGAGAAGACGAUGGCUGACAGAUUCCAGAAGGAGAUAUCCACUGCUAUGAGAAAUAAGCUGACAGGAGUGCUGCCUUUCCUGAGCCCUGCGGUCCGAGGGGUCCCUCUUCCUAAAGUUGCUGCCCAUGUGACCGGUGUCGUCUCGUCCUCGGAGCCUCCAACAGCAGAUGGCCCACGGAGCAGCAGAGGGUACUUGGGGGAGCGAAUCAGAGCGUGGGAGGGCCAGAGAGGUCUGUCCUUCCUGCAGAACAUGGAGCUGAGGGGAGGAGAGCUGCUGGUGCCCAGAGCAGGCCUCUACUACAUCUAUGGACAGACGUACUUCAGACUGCCCUCCACGGGGGAGACGGAUGGGGAGGCAAAGGAGGAGGAGGCACAGCUUGUCCAGUACAUCUACAAGAAGAUGAGUUCCUACACGGUGCCCAUCCUGCUGAUGAAAUCCUCCCGCAGUGCCUGCUGGCCUCGGGGCCAGGAGCCUGGUCUCUUCUCCCUGCAUCAGGCCGGCACUGCCUUUCUACAGCCUGCUGACCGCCUCUUCAUCACAGUCAGCAAUGCCAGCACCAUGGAGAUGGACGGACGGGCGAGCUACUUUGGGGCCUUCCUCGUGGGCUAAAGACAGAGAACCCUGGAUAUAAGUGUCCGGGACUGGGAUGACUUGAUAUAGACAACAACAGAAGUGAACCCAAAUGUGAGGGGUUUCCUUGGUAAUAUGAGCAGCUGUCUGAGAGUACAGGAUUGGAGAAGAAGAGCAGACUCUGAUGAGUGCACAGUACUUCUUCGCUGUAAGGAUAUGAUGGAACGGAGCUGCAGUGGCAGACUCUCAGUGAAGCAGGAAGAGCCAUUUACUGUGACACAGGUUAUUAAUUCUGUCGUUAAGGCUUGUAAACAGAUUGUACCUUAUGACAAACAUGCAUCAUGUGGUGCAUUCAGGGCAUUUGGAGAAGUACAACAGACGCAGAUUAAAUGUGCUCUCAUGCUGAAUGACUUCCAUUGAGAAGGCAGGUCAAACAGUCAAGUUGUCAUCCCCAGGAAAUGACAGUGCUGUCGGACACAUGGCCCUUAACUGCUCUUUUAUGAAAAAGAAAGCAUCAAAAAAUGCCAAUGACGAGAUUUUUGAUGUUCCGUAUUAUGAGUGAAGCUUCCCUUUUGUUUACUGUACUUAUGGUUGAAUUUCCUCUUUGUGCAGUGUCUUGAAUGAAUGUGUGGCGUGACACAGAUCAUGAUGCCCCGCAGCCUUAAAGAGUGGCACUGAUCCAAUAUGAAUGGACUGAGUAUUUUAAGUGUUGUGACACAUUUACACAUCUAUAUAUCCAAUGGAUACCAAUACAGAUUGUCUUUAGUGCUGGAUAAGUUCAUUUACAAAUGGUUGCUAUACAGAUUGAAAGUAAAAAUCUCUACUUUUCCUGGGUUUUAUUAUUUUUACUUUACAAAUCUUUUUGAUUUUUAGUUGGACCUCAAUAUAUCAGGGUGUCUAAAGGUACACAAGGACACUUAAAGAUAAUUUUUUUAACCCAAUUUAAAGAGAAACUUUGGUGUUUUUAAACCUGGACCCCAUUUUCCCAUGUUUUUGUGUUCAAGUGACUAAUACCGACAGUACUUUUUGAUAUUGGUCCAGUAUUGAAAGACCGCUGGAGCCAACAGCCACGAAAUGUGUUGCAGUGUAAUCUCUACAGGCACCGUCAAUUUACAUCCAUUAAAGUGUUUGUUUUUUAAACUGACAGGCUCAGAUUGUUAUUAACCCUUUGAAACCUGAGCAAACUGGCUUGAUUCUUUUAAAAACAUGGGAAGAAGGCAGCGAGCAACGGAAGAAGAAAUUACCAGAAAAAAAAAGCAAGAAAUGACAAAAAAAUUAAAAACAAGAAAAUUAGUUUAAAAAAAUAAAGAAAAAAAUUAAGUUAAAAACAGCCAAACAAGAAAAUGACCUGGAAGAGUGCUUAAAAAUAAUAUAUAAAAAAUAAAUAAAUAAAAUAAAAUAAUAAUUUUAAUAAUUCUGUAAGUGCCGAAGACAUCUGAAAGCAGCACAAGAAAAGUGACGUCGCUCCAGGUUUCAAAGCAUUAAAGGUGUGUGACAGCAUUAUGUUAAGGAGCCGACAGAGAGGUGAUCUUCUUUCCCUUUCACUGAUCUGGUCAGUAUGUUAGUGAGUGUAACCAAGUCACGCUCAAGUCUCGCUCUUAAAUAUCGCAGACUUUUCCACAUUGUUGAAAUCAGCUUAUUAUUCAGCAAUGACACUGAAAACUUUAAGAUAACACUAGGCUACGAUUUCUCACUCCUAUCACCAACUCUCACUAACAUUCCCACUGUUGUUUUUCCUGGAACAAGUCGCCUCUAGCGGGAUUUUGAAGUAAGACUUCUCUACAUGCGAGACUUGUCACAAUAACAAACUUCCCAGCAGAAGCAAAGGAAAAUCCAUUUAACUUCUCUGUGGAGUAUUUUCUGUAAUGCUGUCAGAUACUUAAAAUAACAAUCUGAGCCUGUCAGUGGCAAAAACAUUUCAUGGGCGCAAGGUGCACAAUUGCCCCCAGUGGAUUACAUUGCAGCCUGUUUUGCUGCUGCUGGCUGCAGUGGUCUCAUAAUACUGGACCAGUUUAAGAAAUGUUGACUUCAUUAGUCACUUAGACACAAAAAUUUGGGAAAACAGAAUCCAGGAUCCAGACUGAUUUUUGGACAAAUCAUCUUUUUCUUAUUAAAGCAUUGCAGGUAAGUAGUAUAUGUAGUCCUGUGCAGAGGUAGGUUUUAUGUAGGAAUAUGGUUAUUAGAGUGAAUUAGGUUAAUCUACAUUUUGCCUACAGUUAAGGGUAUGUAUAAAUUAAAAGAGAGCAUAAAUUUCAGUGGUAGGUUUAAACAUUUGUAACCUCAGAAAUGUGGACUCUGACCCAUAUCAGCUCAACCCAUUUUGGCAAAAGAAAUUAAAAGAUGGGUUGAUUAAAAUUAGAUCAAAUGUUGGUGGCAGUUAAGUUAAUCUCACAAAUACAUAUUUAAGACUAUUUGGAGGUUCAGUGUGUGGAAUUUAGAAGCAUCUAUUGGCAGAAAUUAUAUAUAUUUAUCAGAUGUUUUCAUUAGCAAAUUAUCACCUGGAAAUGAGAAUUGUUGAGUUUUUGUUACCUUCGAAUGAGCUGUUUGUACCUACAUUGGAGCACAUCCUCUUCCACAUGCUCCCAGAGUCCACCAUGUUGUUUCAACAGUAGCCCGGAACAGACAAACUUAAUGGUUGGAAAUAGGGUAAAUUGCUUUUUUGCAUCGGCCACUGUAGUUCUACACGGUUGGCACAUAGGAGAAAGUUCAGCUCUGCAACCUCAAGGCUAAAUCCUACACAAUAGACCUUUAAUGACCUCUGAGGCUUAAUAUUUAUAAAACUGACAUCCUGUUUUAUGCAUGGUAAUGGAUGUGAGGUUAAAUGACCAACCUGUACAGGGCCAUUACUUCAUUUUUUUUCUCGCUCGAGUGAAUUUACAGUAUAUGACUGUAAAAUGUAUCAGGGCACACAUUAAUACUCUCAACACACACCAUUUCCCAGAUUCUUCCUAGCUCGUGCAAAAAGGGAAAAGAGCCUCUUAGCCUCAGUGAAAACCUCCACCCACUGUUGUGUUCAUGGUUAUGGUUAAUGAUGUGUUGAGCUACUGUCUGCACAGGCAAACUCGUUCAAUACCCCCUCCACACAAAAAGACACAGCACUGAAAAAGUAAAAAACUAUCAUUUAAUUCAUGUUGUAUUACAUGUUUCCAUAUUAUGGCAGUGAAUGUUUCAGCAAUAAUAAGAAUCACUCCUCAAACAAGAGUUUUACAUAAAAAAAAAAAAAAAACAUUACCAAAAACUAAUCAGGGUUCAAGUAAUGCCCAAAAGAAAUACAUUUUGAAACAUACACGCACGCAGGAAGAUAGAUCGUAUUACUGUAAUCCACCUGCUACUUCCUGGUCUAUGAGUCGAGAACCAAGGUGUUUGUUUGGUCAGCCUGAGUCCUCCCACUCUCCUUCAGUCUUUUUUUUUUUUUUUUU